CACUCUCUCUCUCUCUCCCUCCUUCGUUUUCUCUCUUCCUUCAGUUUUUCCCCCUCAAUUCGUCGAAGACGGUUCCGGCACCGCUUCGAAAUCUGCGACCGUCUCGCUCGCGCUUCGCUUUGCCUAUCGCUUCGACGCACGUUCGCACGUCCUCCUCUUCUGCAUUUGAUUUCGCGGAAAGAGGAUGAUGACGAGGCGGAGGAGCUCUGCAUUCCCGAAGGUGGUGAUCGAGAGGGACACGGACUCCGAAGAAAGCUCCUCCUCCGACGAUGAAGGUGAGGAUGGCCCGGAACCAGAAACCUCGGAAGAAGAAGAAGAAGAAGAGAAAGAGCAAGAAGGAGAAGGACUUCCGGAGCGUGGAAGUGGAGACGGAAAGGAGGAGACUUUGGCGGAUGCUAAGAAGAAAGGCAAAGCACCCAUCACCAUCAGUCUCAAGAAAGUUUGCAAAGUUUGCAAAAAGCCGGGUCACGAGGCAGGAUUCAAGGGUGCCACUUACAUUGACUGUCCUAUGAAGCCGUGCUUUCUUUGCAAAAUGCCAGGCCACACUACGAUGGCAUGCCCCCAUAGAGUGGCUUCUGAACAUGGGGUUGCCCCAGCACCCCACAGAAAUACCCAAAAUCCUGUGGAAUAUGUCUUUGAGCGCCAGCUCAUUCCAAGAACUCGUCAAUGCAAACCAGCUUAUGUAAUCCCCAAUCAAGUGAGUUGUGCAGUUAUCAGAUACCACAGCAGACGUGUCACAUGUUUGGAGUUUCACCCAAGAAACAAUAACCUUCUUUUAUCUGGAGACAAGAAAGGACAACUUGGAGUUUGGGAUUUCGAUAAAGUGUCUGAGAAAGUAGUUUAUGGGACCAUUCACUCCUGUAUACUCAACAACAUGAGGUUUAAUCCCACAAAUGAUGGUAUGAUCUAUUCUUCAUCUUCAGAUGGAACUAUAAGUUACACUGAUCUUGAGACUGGAAUUUCAUCAUCUUUGAUGAACCUUAACCCUGAUGGAUGGCAGGGCCCAAGCAGUUGGAGGAUGCUAUAUGGAAUGGAUGUGAAUGCAGAGCGAGGUCUUGUGCUUGUUGCUGAUACUGCUGGUCUCCUGUAUUUGGUGGAUACCCGUUCCAACAAUGAGACUGGACGGGCAGUUCUGAUACACAAGAAAGGCAGCAAAGUUGUUGGACUGCAUUGUAAUCCUGUUCAACCAGAUCUUUUGUUGAGUUGCGGAAAUGAUCAUUUUGCUCGUAUAUGGGACAUGCGUAAAUUAGAAGCAGGGGGUUCACUCUACAACCUCGCCCACAAACGUGUUGUCAACUCUGCGUAUUUCUCUCCUAUGUCUGGAACCAAAAUCCUCACUACCGCCCAGGAUAAUCGACUCCGGAUAUGGGAUUCAAUCUUUGGUGAUAUGGAUUCCCCCAGCAGAGAAAUAGUGCAUAGUCAUGACUUCAACAGACAUUUGACUCCAUUUCGAGCUGAAUGGGAUCCAAAGGAUUCAUCAGAGACUCUUGCAGUCGUUGGCCGCUAUAUAAGCGAGAAUUUUAAUGGAACUGCUCUUCACCCCAUUGAUUUUAUUGAUACCGGCACAGGACAACUAGUUGCUGAGGUCAUGGAUCCAAAUAUAACAACCAUUAGUCCUGUGAACAAGCUCCAUCGGGAUGAUGUUUUGGCCUCGGGUAGUUCAAGGUCUCUUUUUAUUUGGAGACCAAAGGAAAAAUCCGAUUUUGUGGAAAAGAAAGAAGAAAGGAAAAUACUUUUCUGUGGCAAGGCGGAGAAGAAGAAGCCGGGAAAGAAUGUUGGUAAUGAAAGUGAAGACGAUUCUGAUUGCGAUGGAUUCAACUCUAAGGGAAAAAGAUCCAAGUUCAGUAAGAAAGAGUUGAUAUGUAAGAGCAAGCGGAAAGUUAAACGCUAAGCGCAAGAUUUCCUGGGGCUGAUUAUGUUUUGUCAGCUGACAUCCAUCUUCAUACAGGCUGUUUAACUUGGUGACUGUAAAUGUUCGGUUUUUGUCAGGUGUACCCCUCCUAACGCAGGUAGCUUAGCUCUUUACCUUCCUCACUCCAUCUAAAUAUUUCACUUAUUCGGUUUUGCUUUGGCUACUUGUAAUUUUGAUCCUGAGGGACAGUAGUAUUUUGAUGCUGUUCUUUCACAUUUAGUCAGAUUUGAUAUUUUCAAGUC